AUGUCAACUAUGCCGUGGGUGGAAAGUAUGGACGCUUUGGGAGGCACCAUUGCUCUGAUGAAGGCCCACAGUACUAAGGUGUACGAGUACUGUGCUCGAGAGGCGGCCCAAAUAUUCGGCGGAAAUGCUUAUACAAGGAGUGGCCUCGGCGAAGUGGUGGAACGGCUUUAUCGUGAUGUCCGUGCUUUGGCUAUUCCUGGCGGCUCGGAGGAGAUCUUGCUGGAUCUGGGCAUCAGGCAGGCUGAUAGACAGUAUAAGAAGGCUAUGAGCAAACUAUAA